CAAAGCCUUCUUAAAUUACAUGGAGGAUCCGCUUCUUUUAUUUCGGUAGAAUAGCUCACUAGGCCAAAGAGACUAAGCGAGGACUAACUUUCAGCGGACCUGCCCCGCAGAAGCAAACAAACACCCCAUUCCCUCCGCACCAGCAUUCAGGGUACAUGUGAACGCGCGCUCGAGAGGGAGCCAGUCCUUAAAGAGAUAAACGAUCAGGAUGGGAACUACAUUUCCCACGAGCCCAGGCGGGCUGCCUUUUCCCCCAUUGGUGCAGACGGUCGGAGGGGUGAUCCCUAACUAGAGAGAACUCCGCCUACUCCGACGUGAUUGGCUGCAGGGCGGGUGCCGACGCUUCCUCGGAACGACCUUAGCGCCUCCCUGUCGCUUCUCGACAGUAUGAAAGAAGCGGCUGGCGAGACGCGUACAGUUGAGUUCUUUCCCCGCUGGCCGGGAUGCCGCUUUAGCGGGCGCCUUCCGACGAGAGAGUUUGACUCCGGCCCGCCGGCAGCCGUCUGAGCGUUCUAGAAUCCCGAUGCACCUGGACGUUCUAGAACGCGGCAACUUUCGGACGUUCUCUCGGCUUUGACGCUCGUCCUCCUCCCCACCCCGAGGGAGCUAAUUACGCCGGAGCGGCCCCCCUGUUUGGGGAAGAGAAGAGAAGGGACGAGAGGCAGCCCUCCGCCCGCCCGCCGGUUCUCUCUCUCUCUCUCUCUCCCGUUGCCUGCCCCGAUCGCGUUAAACGACACCAUGAUCGUCGCCGACUCGGAGAGUUGCGAGCCCGCCGGAGUCGAAGGCUAUUUGCCCUGCGAAGACUGCGAAAGUUUGAGGCGCAAGAAGGAUAGAGGGAUAAAAAUCCCCCAGCAGCUGGGAAGAGGCCCCAGUUCUUUCAUCCCGGUGGAAGAGAUCCUACAAGAAGGAGUAGAGAGCGCCCAGCGACGUCUCUUCAUAGAAGCCUUUGUUUCAACGGGCAGAGUGGAUAACAUUACCAUGGUGAUGGGACUACAUCCAGAGUACCUGACAAGCUUCUGGAAGACACAGUAUCUCUUGUUGAGGAUGGAUGGGCCACUGCCAUAUCACAAGCGCCAUUACAUUGCGAUCAUGGCAGCUGCCAGGCAUCAUUGUUCCUACCUGGUUGGCUUUCACAUAGGAGAGUUUCUCCAGGUUGGAGGGGACCCAGCCUGGCUGCGAGGUUUGCAGCAUGCCCCACAGAAACUCAGGAACCUGAAUGAAAUCAACAAGAUCCUAGCCCAUCGGCCUUGGCUGAUCACCAAGGAACACAUUGAGGUCCUGCUAAAAACUGGGGAAAACAGCUGGUCCCUAGCCGAACUCAUCCAGGCCCUGGUCCUGCUGACUCACUACCACUCGCUGGCCUCCUUCGUGUUUGGCUGUGGCAUCAACCUGGAGCUUGACCAGGAAGCUGGGCACAUCUUCCAGCCACCUUCGCCCCGCAGCUGCGACAGUAGCCCCAGCUCGGAAGAGGGGACAAAUAGUUCUAAUAGCACUGAUGCUAUGGAGGAUGUUGAAAUGCUGAUGGAGAGGAUGAAACUUCUGCAGGAGAGCCAGCUUGAGGAGGAAGGUGUCACCCAGGAAGAGAUGGAGACCCGCUUUGAGAUGGAAAAAAGAGAGAGCCUGCUUGUGACUCCCUCAGACAUUGUUGAACACUCCCUGCCCCCCAAUGUCCUCUGCUUUGUGGAGGAUCCAGAGUUUGGCUACAAGGAUUUCACCAGGAGAGGAGAACAGACCCCUCCCACCUUCCGAGCCCAGGACUAUACGUGGGAAGAUCAUGGUUACUCGCUUAUCAACCGGCUGUAUCCUGAUGUGGGACAACUGUUGGAUGAGAAAUUCCAAGUGGUGUACAAUCUGACCUAUAACACCAUAGCUAUGCAUAGUGGGGUGGACACAUCCAUGCUCCGGAGGGCUAUCUGGAAUUACGUCCACUGUGUCUUUGGCAUUCGGUAUGAUGACUAUGAUUAUAGGGAAGUGAACCAGCUUUUGGAACGUAGCCUGAAGAUCUACAUCAAAACUGUGGCCUGUUACCCGGAAAAAGCUACUAAAAGAAUGUACACCCAUUUCUGGAGACACUUCAAACAUUCAGAAAAGGUGCAUGUCAAUCUGCUUCUUUUGGAGGCUCGUAUGCAGGCAGCCCUAUUGUAUGCUCUGCGUGCCAUCACCCGCUACAUGACCUGACUGGACUUGACUCCCUUCUUCGUGAGUGAGGCAGCCUUGCCCUGGACCAGGGAGCUUUCUUCCAAAGACCUGUUUCUGGAAUGUCUGGUGAAAAAAAUCAAGUUACCUCACCUUUUACCUGUGGCUAUUUUUGGAAGCGUUUUAUAUGGUGGUGGACUUUUUGAGUCGCUUUGCCAAAAGCGACAUUGUGAGGCAGAGGUGAGUUCAACAUGAACUGUUCCCUUGAUGUGUGAAGGAAACCAACCUCAGUUUCAUCAUCAUCACCUGGGGAGCCACCUGUGAUUUCUUGGUUUUGCCAAUGGUGGCCCAAGGUUUCAGAGUUUGAUGUUGAGGUGGCCAGCUCCUGUUCAAAAAUUAGAGGAGGUCACUGCAUCCCAUGCUGAUGUCCCUUGAUGACCAGCUUGGUGUGCACCAAAGUUGGAGAUGGCAGCAUUUCAAUGAAUUGUGCAAUGAAUAUCCUCUGCCCUGUCUACAUCUUUUUUGUUUUUUUGCAAUGAAGAUGGUCCUGAACCAGCUGAGGCAAAGAUCACCAAAGAGAUCCUUCUGCCAUGGACACGGCUUUACUCUUUGUCUUUAGUCUCAACUUGCUACAGAACUUUUGAAUGUAGGACUUUGAACAUUUCAAGCGGGUAACUCCUAAAGCUCUCUUAAGGAUAGGGAGCAGAGAUGUGCUCUGGGUGUGUAUGUGAGGAUAGCAAUGGAUGUGCUGAAUUUAAAACAAGCUGGCCACUAGAGUAACUGGUGACUACACUACAUUUCCUUUUUCUAAGCUUCAGAUCCCAAGAUCACUGUGUUUCAGAUGUUCUCCUUUCAAAUAUGGAAAUGUCUCAGCUGCAGAAUGGAUGGUGGCUUACAGAUGAGGUAAAACUAGAAGAAGAAUGUGGGUUUGUUGUUAGUUGGCUGGAAUAUUCUCUCUUCCUACUUUUCCCACUCCAAAACAAGACAGAAGACUAUUGUAAUGUGGGACUGAUUUCCCAGAUCAAUAAAUUAACUUCAAGUACAUGAAUCUCUGUUCCCAAUCCCCUAGGAUCUUUGCUUCUGUUCUCUUUUUUUUCUUGUCCUUUUCUAAGAAGUUCUUUUCCUCAUGUAAAACUGUGUUGUUUGGCUAUUAGAUCCCAUUAUCUCCUUGUGCUCAAGUGUUUGAGCUUUGGACAUUGUGAAACUCUUGUCUUCUUUACAGUCUGCUCCCUGCUAUUCUGAAAGCUUAUAUUGACAGCUGUAGAAAUGGGAAUGUUUCUGUCAAGCCCAUCUCCUUUUUGAUGAGACAGUCAUCUGCGGGCUGGAAGAGAGAUUGUUGAAUGUCUACGGAGAUUCUCAAAUCAUCCAGGUCACAGUUGUCCCAAAGGUGCUUUUCAAAAAGGCAGCUGGACUUUCUUGGGUUUUCUUUUUUCCUUGAAAUUCAAAUUCAAGGAAAAAACAUAGUCCAAUUGUUUUUUGAAAAAGCACCUUUGGGAUUUUCACCUGAUCUAUUCAUGCAAUGGAAUGAGACCCUGGAUUUAAGAAGUGACUUGUAUCAUUUCAGAUUAUAGGUGGCCAGAACUCAGUUUAAACUUCUUUUUUAUCUUUUUUUUUUAACUACCCUCUGUAAUAAAAUAAUUUAGCAUGAAAGAAGCUUGGCUUAGCUUCUCCCUUGUGCUCUUGUUUUAUUUGCAGAGAAUUGUACACCUUGUUCCUAUAAGCCAGCCCAAAUCACCACUGCCUUGAGUAACUGUCUCGUCCCCCUGAACUAGCAAUAACUGAUCACUGAGGACACGGUCAGGUGGGGAGUGGCCAGAUUUUGUUUUUCCCCUAUCACUGAUAUUUGCUGGUGAUGUCCUCCCCCUUUCCAUUGUAACAUGUUUAAAAAGUGGCUCAAUACUGCCCCAGUCCAAAUAGAGUGAGCUUUAUUUGUCCUCAGCCCUUUCUCCCUUAGCCUGCCCUGUUUGGAGGAGGCGAGGGGAGAAAUGAACUAGUCCAGGGGUCUCUAACCCCCAGUCCAUGGACCGGUACCAGGCUGCAGCAUGCCAGCAAUUGGGCCGCACAAACAAGCAAAGCCCCAUCUGCGGGAUGCAGGCAACAGACAAAACCACACACCCUCCAGUCUGUGGAAAA